CAUCCACGAUCGGAAGCUGCUGUUUAUCUUCGCACCCCGCAUAUUUCUCACUGUACCGAACGAGGAAGGCAAUGGCGUACGCAGCGGUGAAGCCGACGAAGCCCGGGUUGGAGGAGUCCGUAGAGCAGCUUAACAAAAUUCGCAUCACACUGUCGUCGAAGAACGUCAAGAAUCUGGAGAAAGUGUGCUCCGACUUGGUGCGUGGUGCUAAGGACAAAAGGCUCAAAGUGAAGGGCCCGGUGAGGAUGCCCACCAAAGUUCUGCACAUCACUACCAGGAAGUCUCCGUGUGGUGAAGGAACAAACACGUGGGAUAGGUUUGAGCUGCGGGUUCACAAGCGAGUGAUCGAUCUUUACAGCACUCCGGAUGUUGUGAAGCAAAUAACCUCAAUCACCAUCGAGCCCGGUGUGGAAGUUGAAGUUACAAUUGCAGAUUAGAUUAGUAGAGACAUCAUCUGAUCAUUCUUCUCCUCUAAUUUUUAUCAUGUUUUUUCGACUUUUUCGGCUAUUUCUUGAUUUUUAAGUGGCAUUGAAGCUUGGACACAAUGAACUCAAGUUUUUGACAUUGAGAUGGUUUAUUUACACACAUUUCUUUCGAUCUCUGAAUCAGUAUGUCGGAAAUUUCACGGGUUACUGAAAUUUCUAUUGAAUUAUUA